CGGAAGUGCGCGGCUAACUUCGCCGCUAACUUCGCAGCAGGCGGCGCGGCCUCCGGGAGGCCUUCCCCAUCUGGGAAGCCGAGAGAGGGUGGAUGUGGGACUCAAAGUGGCAGUCAUUUCUUGCGCCCGCGUACCCAGAAUGAGUGAAGUUCCCUGCAAAAAACGUGAGGACUAUUUGGAAUGGCCCGAGUAUUUCAUGGCAGUGGCCUUCUUAUCGGCACAGAGAAGCAAAGAUCCAAAUUCCCAGGUCGGAGCCUGCAUCGUGAAUGCAGAAAACAAAAUUGUCGGGAUCGGGUACAAUGGAAUGCCAAAUGGGUGCAGCGAUGACCACUUGCCUUGGAGGAGAACAGCGGAGAGAAAGCUGGAUACCAAAUACCCUUAUGUGUGCCAUGCCGAGCUGAAUGCCAUCAUGAACAAAAACUCGACUGACGUGAAAGGCUGUACUAUAUAUGUGGCCUUGUUCCCAUGUAAUGAAUGUGCUAAGCUCAUCAUCCAGGCAGGUAUCAAAGAAGUUAUUUUCAUGUCUGAUAAGUACCAUGAUAGUGAGGAGGCAACAGCUGCGAGGCUCAUGUUUAAUAUGGCUCGGGUUGACUUUAGGAAAUUCACACCAAAGUGCAGCAAGAUUGUCAUUGACUUUGAUUCAAUUAACAGCAGACCGAAUCAGAAGCUUCAGUGAGUUACAUCUCAUUAAACCUCCAGAAGAUUGAGAUUAUCCUCUUCUAAGGAGCUGCUAAUGCCUUUCAUCUUGAAGUUACACAUAACUUUUUAAUAGCCAGUACAGCAAAAGUAGACAUCUAAAGAAUAUAAAGCCUCAAAUCUUCCUAACUCUCUCUCCUGUCACAUGAAAUCUGCAUCUGUUUAAGCUAUUGAUUUAGGGUUUAAGAUAAAGGAGCCUGUAGAUGGCCUGUCGCAGUGGAGUGGGGUGCCUUCCCUUUGUGUCCUGGUUUGCUGGGAUGCUGAUGGCUCUGCAGAAGGGUGUCAGCUCUCUGUCAUCCACUGCAUCUCACAGCUGCUGCAUGCUGCUACAUGUGCUGGAAGGACAAAUAAAUAAUUGUUGUGAUCCUAGCGGGAUGAACAGACACACUGAUUUGAACAUCUGGCCCAAAUGAAGCAUAACAUGUAGUGCCCUUGGAAAAAAGAAAUAGGACCCACACGACAGCAGUGUUAAAGUAUUUGCCUUAGAGAGUUGAGGGAAACCCCCACCCACUCAUCCAAAAGACCUAGAGAGGAUGGCACAUCUGUCCUGACAGCCGAUGAGCGUAACUGAGCUGUGGGUAACUUUCUCUACUUCUGCUGUCUUGAUACCACAGGGUAGUGGCACAGUGUUUCUCUGGAGAUGGGGACCCCUGUUGUUUUGGCAUCUUAGUUUUGGUUUGUUGGUCACACGGAGCUCUUACAUUAGUUUAUCUGAGUAAUGAGUUGUUCCAGGAGGAGACAGCCUAUCUCCUCUUGUCACCCCUAAGACCACGCCCUGCUGUGGCGUUGAGGAUUGUGUGGAUGGAAGGGGGCGCCAGGCGCCACUUCUGCCACGUGGGACCGUGUUGCCACUCCUCCACGUGCCAACACGGUUCAUUUCCAAGGCCACUCCACAACCGGAGAGUAAAUUAAUUCUUAUCCUGUAAGUGAAAUGUGAGGAAAUUCAGCCCACCUCGGGGCAGUUUAUUCCAGAUCUAUUGAUGAUGGGAGCUCAUUUGUGCUCCUGGCGCCAUGCCUGCCUUCACUGACACAAAUCUCAGCUUCCUAAUCACUGUGACUUGGGGACUGUGCACCUUGUCUUUAAUCUCAUUUAAUUUUUAUUAAACAUGCUCAGUACCUUUGUUGAGAAAAUGGUUUCUUUAUCCUAAAGAUAAUUACUGUUUUAAAGCACUCUUAUAUUUUUAUGAGUUUUAUUUUGUCUCUAAGGUUUUGUACUCCAUAUUCUGGGGCAUUUUGUAAUUUGGCUGCUUACCAAUAUUAUUAAAGUCUUAUUAAAAUCUA